GCGCGUGCGCAGGCGGAGCCGGAGCAGAGCCCGAGCGCAGCUUGUAGUGGGAGCUGGCGGGCGGGCACCAUGCUGUCACCGGAGGCGGAGCGGGUGCUGCAGUACCUUGUGGAAGUGGAGGAGCUCGCCGAGGCGGUACUGGCGGACAAGCGGCAGAUUGUGGACCUUGACACCAAAAGGAAUCAAAACCGAGAGGGCCUGAGGGCCCUGCAGAAGGAUCUCAGCCUAUCUGAAGAUGUGAUGGUUUGCUUCGGGAACAUGUUUAUCAAGAUGUCUCACCCUCAGACUAAGGAAAUGAUUGAGAAAGAUCAGGAGCAUCUGGAUAAAGAAAUAGAGAAACUCCGGAAACAACUUAAAGUGAAGGUCAACCGUCUCUUUGAGGCCCAAGGCAAACCGGAGCUGAAGGGUUUUAACCUGAACCCCCUCAACCAGGAUGAGCUUAAAGCUCUCAAGAUCAUCUUGAAAGGAUGAAAUUCAAGAACCAAGAUAGGGGACCUAAGACCAGAAUCCCCCCUGGGGUCACGUAGGACCCAGAACUCUCCAACCUUUGAAACCUGCAAGGACGGGAUUUACCCUGCAAGGAUGGGAUCUGCCCUGCAAGGGGACAGGCAUCAGGAAUCUGGCUGUGGUGCCUCUAUGAAGCCUCUUUAUCUGUAGCACCUGACUGAUCCAUGACAGCAGGAGGGAACCCUCAGCCCUCCUGUGUCGGCUGGCCCCGUCCACUGGGGCUGGAAGGACACAAGCCCCAUUGACAGGCCCCAGCCACCAGUGGGCGGGGAAGGGCAGCGCCUGUGGGGGUAUGAGAACGACUGCGGCAGGCACUUCUCAACAGUGGCCCUGCUGUUUGAAUGGGCCUCGGGCAGGGAAGAAGGGAGAGGGGAAGAGUGGGAGCUUCAUUCCAGCAUUCCUCGCAGAAAGGGAGACGUUUUCAAGCAGCGUAUGUAACAGAAUUGGAAUAAAGCGGGAGGCUCACAGGUGGUUUCUGAAUGAAGGACAGAAUCUUGAUGCUUCGUGGUUAACCACAACUAUCUGUGGAGCAGACACACCGUUUCUCCCCACUGGCUCCAUUUUGUCCUGUUUCUCCUGCUUGCUUCCAGACAAGAGCCCAGAGUGGGUGCUGCUUUUCAACCCCCGCAGCUGCUCUUUGGUCAGCAAGGCUGUGCAGAGCCCUGCAGCAGAGUUGGGGGAGGGAGGCUGCCUCUUAACCGCUUCAUGCACUCAGCACGCCCCCCCCCCCC